GCGCCCCCGGAGCCCCCCGAGCCCCCCGAGCCCCCCGGGCGCGCAGCCGGCCGCUCGCUGGUGCAGCGGGACAUCCAGGCCUUCCUGAACGAGUGCGGCGCCAGCCCCGGGGAGGCGCGCCACUGGCUCACUCAGUUCCAGACCUGCUAUCACUCCGCGGACAAGCCCUUCGCGGUCAUCGAGGUGGACGAGGAGGUACUCAAGUGCCGGCGUGCGGUCACCAGCCUGGCCUUCGCCCUGGCAUUCCUGCAGCGGAUGGACAUGAAGCCGCUAGUAGUCCUCGGGCUGCCCGCCCCCACGGCGCCCUCUGGCUGCCUUUCCUUCUGGGAGGCCAAGGCCCAGCUUGCCCAGCACUGUAAGGUGCUGGUGGAUGAGCUGCGGCACAACGCUGCCACCGCCGUGCCUUUUUUUGGCGGAGGGUCGGUGCUGGGUGCCGCGGAGCCAGCCCCCCAUGCCAGCUACGGCGGCAUCGUCUCGGUGGAGACCGACCUGCUACAGUGGUGCCUGGAGUCGGGCAGCAUCCCCAUCCUGUGCCCCAUCGGGGAGACAACCGCACGCCGCUCCGUGCUCCUCGACUCGCUGGAAGUGACGGCGGCUCUAGCCAAGGCGCUGCAGCCCACCAAAAUCAUCUUCCUCAACACCACAGGAGGCCUGCGCGACAGCAGUCAGAAGGUCCUGAGUAACGUGAACUUGCCCGCCGAUCUGGACCUGGUGACCAACGCUGAGUGGGUGAGCACCAAAGAGCGGCAGCAGAUGCGGCUCAUCGUGGACGUGCUCAGCCGCCUGCCGCACCACUCCUCCGCCGUCAUCACUGCCGCCAGCACGCUACUCACCGAGCUCUUCAGCAACAAGGGGUCGGGGACCCUGUUCAAGAACGCCGAGAGGAUGCUGCGGGUGCGCAGCCUGGACAGCCUGGACCAGAGCCGCCUAGUGAACCUGGUCAAUGCCAGCUUUGGCAAGAAGCUCCGGGAGGACUACUUGGCCUCGCUGCGCCCGCGGCUGCACUCUGUCUACGUCUCUGAGGGGUACAACGCGGCCGCCAUUCUGACCACUGAGCCCGUACUGGGGGGCACCCCCUAUCUCGACAAGUUUGUGGUGAGCUCCAGCCGCCAAGGCCAAGGCUCUGGGCAGAUGUUGUGGGAGUGCCUGCGGCGGGACCUGCAGACGCUUUUCUGGCGCUCCAGGGUCACCAACCCCAUCAAUCCCUGGUACUUCAAACACUGCGAUGGCAGCUUCUCCAACAAGCAGUGGAUCUUCUUCUGGUUUGGCCUGGCUGAUAUCCGGGACUCUUACGAGCUGGUCAACCAUGCCAAGGGGCUGCCGGACUCGUUCUGUAAGCCGGCUUCUGACCCGGGCAGCUGACCCUCACCACCAGCCCUGCAGGCCCUGGGAUAACCAGGGUGAACCCAAAGCCAUGCCUGCUGGAUGUGACUCCCCAGGCAGCUGCAGGCUGGACGAGGCUUGUUGGCUAAGGAUUUGCAGAGGAAGCGGCACCUACUCUACUCUGCCCAGAGGGGCGCGCCCGAGUGGGGACAAGCACAGGAAGAAGGAUGUGCCCAAGAUACCCCCCCACCCUCACCACUGGCUCCAAAGCUAGAACCAGACAGCUUUCAAUUUUUAGUCUAAGGAUCUUGGGGGGUUGGGGGUGGGAGUGGGGGGCUUGCUUUCCAGGUCUCCACUCAGGGAUAACCUUACAGGUGGACCAGGCCCCUGUACUGUUUUGAGGCUCCCUUGCCCAAAAUAUUACCCUCCUUUGCUUGACACCCCACCACUUAUUUUAAUUCUUUUGGGUCUUUCUUCCCAGAAGGAGUCAAUUAAAACACAAAUACUUGUCUGAGAGUCAGCUCACACUUGAAAAGAAAUGAGCAGUGACCCUCUGAGAGCAAGAUCUUGAGGGCCAGGGAGCCAGGGGACUCCGGGGUGGGGGUGGUAAGAGGAGAGCUCAAUGAGAUGGAGUGUCCCCCCAAGAUCAAUGCUGCCACCAUCUCCCUUAGCUGGGUGUCAGCAGCCCCCCCCAAGGGGCUCCCUGACUCUCGAGUUAGGAAGCUUCCUCCAUCCCACAGACCAGAGCAACAGCAGCCGCAGCCCUCUCUCCAGGCGAGGCUCUGAGCCAAGCACGGCCUUGGAUGCUUUCCCCUCGGCCCCACUGGAGGCUGUCUGCAUCUGUGGGAGCGGAAUACCUCAGCCGCUGGGAGCCCAAAGCCAGAGGUUUCGUUCCGCAUUUUUAACCCCCGCGAUGCACCAGGCCCCAUACUGGUCGCUGGGCUACUUUCGACCAGGAGGUACACGGACAAAUAGGGGAAAGACCACUAUGGCCCAGCAGCCCCCCAGAGCGGCCUCUGACUUCCUUCAGGAGACAGCAUGGGGGACACGGCUGUGCCCGGGCAUCAGACAGGCCUGAGCUGGAAUCCAGCCCCAUGCCUGGGGGCAAGCUGCUGGCUUUCUCAGAGGUUCCAUCUCAUCUGUAAGAUGUAAAAGCCUCACAGCGGACACUUUAACAUUAGUUGUCCCCCUUACGCUGCCCUCAGAGAGUUCUUCAAAAGAAAGCAGGAGGGCUGAAAAGGGGAGGAAAAGACAAGCUACAACACAGGGACCCAGGGUAUGGGUCAAAAGCAGACCACAGGAGGGGUCCUGAGCAGGCGGCCAAGGACUGUGGGAACUCUCAGAGAAGGGCAGAGAUCACGGGAGGGCUGAAGUGGAGCUUAAGCAGAUGUGGUGUUUCAAGAAACCCAAGAUCAAUCCCAGCCAAUGGCAAAGUGCCCUGUGGGGAGAACAGAGACGCGAAGCCAAACGUCUAUAUAAAAUGUUUAUUUUUGGA